CUUCCUCAAAUCUGUCCUAGUGGAGCAGCCGUGAAGGUGAAUCAGGUCCCCGGCUAACUUUCUGCCUGUCUCCCAGUCUGAUUUCCGGAAGCCCCGCAGCUGUCCUCCCGUUUCCUCUCCGCAGUCAUGUCCGUGUUCGGUGACGUUCCGCAGGCGCCCCCGGUGGCUGUCUUCAAGCUGUCCGCCGACUUCCGAGACGACAGCCACCCACAGAAGGUGAACCUCGGCGUCGGAGCCUACCGCACAGAUGACUCUCAGCCGUGGGUUCUACCGGUGGUGAAAAAGGUGGAGCGUUUAAUCGUGGACGACGCCACCCUGAACCACGAGUACCUCCCCAUCCUCGGCCUGCCAGACUUCCGUUCGGCCUCCUCCAAGGUCGCCCUGGGCGAAGACAGUCCCGCCAUCAAGGAGGGGAGGGUGGGUGGAGUACAGGCUCUGGGUGGCACGGGCGCCCUGAGGAUCGGUGCAGAGUUCUUGCGGCGCUGGUACAACGGCGUCAACAACACGGCCACGCCUGUUUAUGUGUCUACGCCCACCUGGGAGAACCACAAUGCUGUGUUUGCCGAUGCUGGGUUCAAGGACAUCCGUCCGUACCGCUACUGGGACGCCACCAAGAGAGGCCUGGACCUUAGCGGCCUGCUUGAUGACCUUGAGAAAGCUCCGGGAGGUUCCAUCUUUGUGCUUCACGCGUGCGCCCACAACCCCACAGGCACUGAUCCUAAUCAGGACGAAUGGAAGCAGAUGGCAGAGAUCAUGAAGAGGAGGAAUCUGUUUGUGUUCUUUGACUCGGCCUACCAAGGCUUCGCCUCUGGCUCGCUGGAGAAAGACGCGUGGGCCAUUCGCUUCUUUGUGUCUCAGGGCUUUGAACUCUUUGUGGCUCAGUCCUUCUCCAAGAACUUUGGCCUCUACAACGAGAGGGUGGGCAACCUGACGGUGGUGGCGCAAGACGGCGACAACCUGGGCCGCAUCCUCUCUCAGAUGGAGAAGAUCGUGAGGACCACCUGGUCCAACCCGCCCUCGCAGGGGGCUCGCAUCGUCAGCAAAACACUCAACUGCCCCCAGCUCUUUGCAGAAUGGCAAGCUAACGUAAAGACGAUGGCCGACCGUGUGCUCCUCAUGCGGGACCAGCUCAAGUCCAAGCUGCAGGCCCUCGGAACGCCAGGAACAUGGGAGCACAUCACCCAGCAGAUCGGGAUGUUCAGCUUCACGGGCCUCAAUCCCAAUCAGGUGGCGUUCAUGAUCAAAGAGAAGCACGUGUACCUGAUGGCGAGCGGUCGCAUCAACAUGUGCGGCCUCACCUCCAAGAACCUGGACUACGUGGCGCAGUCCAUCCACGAUGCCGUCACCCAGGUCCAGUGAGAAGGAACACGCCCUCUGUCGCUCUCGCUUCAUUCUGUCCCGUCCUGCUCCCCUCGUGGUGCCCGUGACGUUACAGUCAGGCCAGUAACAAAACGUUUUGUCCACGUUGUGCGUCCUCACGCUAAGCCCAGUGUUUCUCAACCUUUAUAGAGCCAACGCACAUAUUUUACAUUGGAAGAAUUCCACAAAAAAAAGAAAAGGUAGUAACCCUGCCACCAAUUGCAAAAUAACACACCCGUGGAUUCACCAAUUCACAGAUUUUUUUAAAUUUAAAAACAAAUAAAUAUAUAAAUACAAUAGAAUUUAUUUAUUUUAUUUUCUAAUGAAAUUUUAAUGGGCGUCAACUCUCUGUUUACAUUCUGGCCAAAUCACUGGAUAUCACCAACUACAAUUCCCAAAACAUAACUCGUCUUACAACAUCAGACUCAAAAGUAGCAAUUUGAGGUUUUUGUUUAGGUAAGUUUUAUUUAUUUUAAUUUUUUUACAAUGGAUUACCAUUUAAAAAUAAAUGGCUUGCAGAUCAUUUGAUCUCCCAAAAAAUUCACUGAAUGUAUUUGUUGGCCUUUGGCGCCAUCGUGUAUCAUCUUUGGGCAUAACAUGGAGCACAAAAAUGCACAGACAACAGACAAAAAAAAAUGUGAAUAGCGAACCACGAAUAUGCGGGGGACUUCUGGUCUUACUCGUCUCAAUUUACAAACUUACUGACUGAAAUCUGUUUAAGUUGAACAUAUAGCUGUUAUUCUGUUGUAUAAAUAAUGAUAAUUGUACCGUUUGCUAGUGUAAGAACAAUUCAUUGUUCUGCCUGUUACUAUUCGUCACUGGUAUAGAUAAAUGAACAAGACGCAUUAUUUGUACUGAAUAGGUCAACAUUUUUGGUUGGGAAUUACUGUUAAGCUACGCUGCGCUAAUCUAGGUUCGUCACCUGCCGCUGUCAACUGUGGACAGACGUCAUCACGUGUCAUUAAACAGGUCAGGUGUGUCCUCAUGUAAACUCUUCUGCUUCACACACACUUAAAAGUACACUGAAAUUGUUAAUUAAAACAAAUAGAAUAGGAAAGAACAAUUUCCUCUUGCCGAUUCUCCCCAAUGAAACGGGUCAUUAAUUAAUUGUCGUCCGUAAUUGUGUACACUUGAUUUUGUCACACAAACCCUUCUUAAAGGCACAGUACACGCCGCACGUGUUUGCAGGGUUCUCCAAUAUGGUGUAUUUGAUGUUGCCUUUUAAAAGUGCUUGAAUUUUUUCCUUUCACCACAAAUAUAAACUAUCAAAUAAUGUAUUUUGCGUGUUACAUGGAGAAAUCAAAUAAAAGCUCUACUUAAAAAUGA